GUAAAUUACUCAUGUUCUUAAAUAUUUACAAACUACAUGGUCUUUGUGUAGUUGUUUGUCGCGGUAAUUAUAAACUGCAACAAACAAGGGAAGCAAUUUGGACUGUCGCCACUUACUCUGCCUUUUUGUUGAGACAUUCAGUGUACAAAUUCGUGCUACAUAUUUGAACACGCUACUAUACCCAAUGGUUCGGAUUCCCUAUUCGUUUGGCCCUGGCUCUCCGUGCUUUCACAGUUCCUCAUCCAUCAGAUCGAUCUGUCAACAGAAAGAAGCCACUUGUGUCUUGGGAGCCUCUCUGUCUAAUGGAAAGCCUGGAAGAGAAUUCGCUCCCAACUGAUUAGUGGAACUAUCCUUUUUUUCCCACUGAUUUACAGCAGCCUAUUUCUUUUUUCGUGCUAACUUCUUGACAGUGAUCUUUUGGAACAAGUGUGGCAACGCUUCUUCGAUUACAGAAAGUGUGGUAUCUGUUCGAGGGAGCUAUUUCUGGGCGCUGCUUUUCUGCUCCUGAACAUCUGAAUCUCUCGGCAGGCUUCAUCCGGCCCUUCACUGACCGAUUUCUCCGGAGACUUUUCAGAACAAGUUCUGUACUUUCGCCGUCGAUCUAUCUCCCUUGCAUUCAGUGUUUUUCUCAGGUGGCGUUUUAUGAAUCACCGGCGUGUAUCUGGAUAUGGAUGGCAGUCCUGUUCCUGUAGUGACUGUGCUGACAGCUCCGUACGAUGCUCAGAAACCGGGCACCAGCGGGCUCCGGAAGAAAACCAAUGUGUUUCAAACCAAGCCGCGAUAUCUUCAGAACUUCGUUCAGUGCAUCUUUGGUUCCAUUGAUUUAAGGGAUCGCCAGGGAUCUACUGUGGUGGUCGGAGGCGAUGGGCGGUAUUACAAUAAUGCUGCCAUAGAAAUCAUAGUUCAAAUGGCUGCUGCCAAUGGGAUUGGACACUUAGUAAUUGGACAAAAUGGAAUUCUCUCAACUCCAGCUGUAUCCUGCAUUAUCAGAAAAAUAAAAGCCAUUGGAGGAAUAAUUCUGACAGCUAGUCACAAUCCUGGAGGACCUGAUGGAGAUUUUGGGAUCAAGUACAAUAUUUCCAGUGGAGGUCCAGCUCCAGAGGCUGUCACAGAGAAGAUUUUCCAGCUCAGCAAAACCAUUGAAGAAUAUUCUAUCUGCCCAGAUCUGAAAGUCGACCUAACUACAAUUGGAAAACAACAGUUUGACUUGGAAAACAAGUUCAAGCCAUUUACAGUGGAGAUUGUGGAUUCAGUGGAGGCCUAUACUAACAUGCUUCGGAACAUCUUUGAUUUUAAUGCCUUGAAGGAGCUACUUUCUGGUCCGAAUCAGUUGAAGAUCAGAUUGGAUGCCAUGCAUGGAGUUAUGGGUCCUUACGUUAAGAAGAUUCUGUGUGAAGAACUUGGUGCUCCUGCAAACUCAGCAGUGAACUGCGUGCCUCUUGAAGACUUUGGUGGGCACCAUCCUGAUCCAAAUUUGACAUAUGCUGCAGACCUAGUGCAGGCAAUGCAGACAGGAGACUAUGACUUUGGAGCUGCGUUUGACGGUGACGGUGAUCGGAACAUGAUCCUUGGAAAGCAUGGAUUCUUCGUAAACCCAUCUGAUUCUGUGGCUGUGAUUGCUGCAAAUAUCUUCACUAUUCCGUACUUUCAACAGACUGGUGUACGUGGAUUCGCUCGCAGCAUGCCCACUAGUGGAGCACUGGACCGGGUUGCCAAGGCCACAAAAAUAGCCUUGUAUGAGACUCCUACUGGAUGGAAGUUCUUUGGAAAUCUGAUGGAUGCCAACAAACUUUCCCUUUGUGGAGAAGAAAGCUUUGGCACUGGAUCUGACCACAUUCGUGAGAAAGAUGGUCUGUGGGCAGUGCUUGCCUGGCUGUCCAUUAUUGCCAAAUCCAAACAAAGUGUGGAAACAAUCAUGCAGGAACAUUGGCAGAAAUAUGGUCGCAACUUUUUCACCAGGUAUGACUAUGAAGAAGUAGAUGCAGCAGCAGCAGGUAAAAUCAUGAAGGAUCUGGAAACUCUAAUGGCAGAUCGUGCUUUUGUUGGUCACAAGUUCACAGUUUGUGAGGAAGAGUAUAUUGUGGAUAAGGCUGACAAUUUUGAAUACUGUGACCCUGUCGAUGGCAGUGUCUCAAGAAACCAGGGAUUGAGAAUCAUUUUCACAGAUGGAUCACGCCUUAUCUUUAGAUUAAGUGGAACUGGCAGUGCUGGAGCAACCAUCAGAAUUUACAUUGAUAGCUAUUACAAAGAUGCUUGUAAAAUCUUCAAAGAGCCACAGGUGAUGCUCUCCCCUCUAAUAAAAAUUGCUUUGAAGAUUUCUCAGAUUCAUGAGCGAACAGGCCGUACCAGUCCUACAGUGAUCACUUAAAAGACUAAUCCUAUUAAGUCAGAAGAUAAAAUGUCAAAGGAGGAAUAACUAAAGGAUAAACCUGAAAAAUGUGAAAUGUUACUGUAUACUAUCAUCUCCUACUCCAUGUUCAAGGUUCAGAAUAUUGUAAAAAGACAAAGCUAUCAGGAAAAAUUAUCAUGAGCUAGGAUUUAAGUAAAAAUGUAAUAAAAUAUAAAUAUAUGUAAAAAAUACAUAUAUACACCCUGUAUUGGUGAUAUGUUGUUUCCAGUCUCUUAAAUGGUCUAGUUGAAAAUUAAAAUUAAUGUAACUAAAUAUGCAUUCUCACUAUCAAUACCAGUAUUGUAUUACAACGAGAAAGUUGUACAAAUUAGCACAUGAAAGGACACCACACAUGCUAUUUAUUUAAGGUGACAAUCUACAUCAACAAAUCUAUCAACUACCCAUUUCGUUUAAAAUAACCAUUCAUUAAUACAGUUAACAUGGUUCUUUAAGCUACAGAGUCGCCAACUGUUCACUGAAUACCUUUCCUUUCACUGAAUACCUUUCCUUUCAAUGAAUACAAUGUUUAUCAUGAUGGUGCUUGUUCAACAACCAUAUUCCUGAUCCUAUCUUGUUAUGGUUCUUCAGUUUAUAGUAAAUGUGCCAAUUGCAGCCUGUGGCCAGACACAAUACCACUGAAUUAAAAUGAUUACUUUAUUUCAAAUGUGUAAUUAAGAUUCAUUCAAUGCCCAUACAAUGUUAAGUCCUUUAUUAUUGAAUACUACUUUCAGUUGAUCUGUGGUAAAUUUGAAACAUUAAUAGAUGUAAGCAAUAGAAAGCACAUUUCAUUUUCACGACAGUAAGCAUUAUUGCACUUUUAAUCAGAGUUCAGAAUGUAAAACAGUUUACUACUUUAUAGUUAUAUUGUUGGAAAGUACUUGUCUACAUCCCCUUCUAAAUAAAGUAUUACAUUUA